ACUUAUUUUUAUAUUUUUUGACUAUUUCGAGCUUAAUAACAGAAGAACGGCAUGCGAAGCGCUGCUGGCUAAGAAAAUUAGUUCUAAAAACCAAGAAUUCGUAUUGAUAGUAUUCGAUGAAUAGAAAAAUUCGCUAAAAUAGUUGUUUAUAUUAUUUUUUUUUUUUAAUCAAGUUUGUUCAAUCCGCAUAGUAAAUAUCAAAAACAUAUCGAAAUUAAAUUAAUAAAUAUGUAUUAGAUUUUGUUGUACACGUGCAAUAUUAAAAAAAAUAAUAUUCGCUAUAUUUUGUCUUUGUUGUUUAAAGUGCGUGUAAAAAUUACAAUUACCAACGAUUUUGUCUAAUCAAGAAAAAAAAAAUUACAAAAAUGAUUACGCGGUUCAAUGUUGUAACAUCAGUCAUAUUACUGACGACUUAUCUAUGCAAAUGUGCAACAGCCCAAAACAACCAACUUCCUAAUAUACCAUGUCCGGAUGUUUUUCAAUAUGUUCGUUCGGGAAAUGAAGUCAUUGGAUUAAUAACGGUUAAUAAUGUACAAUAUGGGGAAACUACAAUAGCGGUUGAAAUGUCACAACCUGGAACUUAUAAUACGAACAAUGCUGGAAAACUUUCAUUAAAUUUCAACAAAAACAAAGUAUUCGAAUACAUAAGUGCAGGAAGACCAUUUACUUAUAGAGUAGAUUUUCCACAACCAAAUGUUACUCCUCGUGUAACUUCCAUUACAGUUAAUGGUGUCAAUUUAUGUUCCGGUCCAGGGUAUAACUCCCCAAGUACAACAAUGACACUGGAACACACUUUGAAUGCUUUUUCAUCAAAUUCAUAUUCACCUGUACAAUUUAUACCAAACACUGAAAACCAACGCCCUAUUUCUAGACCGAAUAUGGAUCAAGAUCCUAAUAUAAAUUCCAAUAAUAUGCCAGAAUACUUAAAAUUCAGUCCUUCUUUGGCUCAACAAAUGUCAAUUUACCCAUCAUAUAGAGAAUGGUUCAGCCAGCAGUCGUCUAACCCAUCGUCAAAUAUCCCACCCUCCUCUUACAACCAGCCUUCAUUUUACCCAUCAUAUGAACCAUCAUACACCUCACCGUCAUCACCGAAUCAGCCCAUUUUUACCCCAUCACCACCUAACCAACCUUCAUAUAACCCAUCAUCCAAAAAUCCCUUUUUGAACCCAUCUCCACGAAAUCAACCUUCUUACAACUCACCACCAUCACCACCCAACAGUUAUUCAUUGCAUUACAACACACCAUCUUACAGACAACAUGGAAUUGACCAACAGUCAUUGAAUCAACCAUCAUUCCUCCAAUACACUUUCCCAUCCUUUGACCAAUCUGAACUCGACAAGCCGAAACCAUCACCUGGACAAAUUCAAAAUAGUUACGAUCAACUUAAUUCCGUAUUCAAACCGGAUUCACAAAAUCCCUUCUUAUUUAAGUCUCGACUUCCAGGAUCAAAUGAUCACACACAACAACCUACAACUUCGACAGAAAUAAAUAAACCUACUCCUCCUCCAUUAGAUAUCGAUCCGAGAUUAAUUGAACCUACAUCGACAUUACCACCUGUCAAGCCAAUAGACACUGCAACAUUUGAAUACAUCAACUCAAUUUGUGGACGAGAAAACUUAAAUAUCGACAUGAAGAAACUUAAUGUCAAAGGACAAGUUAUAUCUAAAGCAAGAUUCCCAUGGAUAGUUGCGGUAUUCAAACGCAAAGAUGACGAUCUUAAAUUCCAAUGUGGAGGAAGUCUUAUUUCAACGAGAACGGUUGUAAGUGCAGCACAUUGCUUUUAUGCAGGACUCGAAGCCAUGAGACCGGAGGACAUCCUGGUAUCUAUGGGUCGGCACAAUUUAACUGAUUCGUUGGAUGCUUUUAAUAUUGAUGUCGAAAGAGUUAUCCAACAUCCAGACUAUAGACCGACACUACAAAAUUUUGACGCUGAUUUGGCAAUUGUACGACUUAAAGAAAGAGUAACCUUUACAACUUCGGUAAGACCUAUUUGCAUGUGGCAAGGUGUUAUUGAUGCUCGUGAACUUGAAGGUGUUUCUGGAACCAUUGUUGGCUGGGGUUCAGAUGGAGUUAGAAAUCAAACGAUUGUUCCAACAUUGGUGACUGCAACAAUUGUUUCGGAAAUAACAUGCAUAAGAUCGGAUGAACAAUUCAUUUCGGUAACUUCAAAUCGGACAUUAUGUGCAGGCAAUUUAGAUGGAAGUGGUCCGUGUUUGGGAGAUUCCGGCAAUGGAUUGAUGAUUAGAAAUAGAAAUAAAUGGAUGCUGAGGGGAACAGUAUCGGCUACGAUAGGUACCCCAACACGACCUUGUAUUUUGGAUCAAUAUGCAAUAUAUUCAGAUAUUGCAAUGUUUAUUGAAUGGAUUCAAUCAAAUAUGUUAUUGUAAAGUGGUUUUUUUUUCUAAGUUUUGAUUUUAUAAAAAAAUUGAUUUAGACCAAAAAAGAUAAUUCGCCGCUAUCCAUUGUUCUCUGUUUCGCAAAGAAAACAGGGAAAAUAUUUGGGAUAGCAAUGCAUGAUCAAUUGAAAAACUAAAUUAAGCUUUAUUUUAUUAUUAGAUAAAGGUGUUUAUUUUAUGUCAAAAUAAAUAGUUUUAAGAAUAUAGUAAAAUGUAUUUGUAUUCAUUA